UACUCUCACUCUCUCUCUCUCCCCCUCUCUCUCAUCCGAAAGAAAAUUCUCUUUUUAUAAAACCCUCACUCAGGAGGGAGAAGACUAGUUUUUUUAGAGAGAGAGAGAGAGAUUAGAGGUAAUGGCGUCGAUGGCUGGGAUCUGGUCGUUCUUGUUCGUCGUAUCGAUCAUCGGCUCGUCGUUUGCUACUGAGAGCGAGAUUGAAGACGCGCCGUCGAAGGAGUUUGUUCUUACCCUGGAUAGCUCCAACUUCCACGAUACCGUUGGCAAGCACGACUUCAUCGUCGUCGAGUUCUACGCUCCGUGGUGUGGCCAUUGUAAGAAGCUUGCUCCAGAGUAUGAAAAAGCUGCUUCUGUACUGAGUAGUAACGAUCCUCCAGUCAUUCUGGCAAAAGUUGAUGCCAAUGAAGAAAAAAACAAAGGACUUGCAAGUGAAUUUGAUAUCAGUGGUUUCCCCACAAUUAAGAUAUUGAGGAAUGGAGGGAAGGAUAUUCAAGACUACAAAGGACCUCGGGAUGCUGAAGGUAUUGUUGCUUUUUUGAAGAAGCAAAGUGGCCCUGCGUCUAGAGAAAUAAAAUCUGUGGAAGACGCUACUGCUCUUGUUGACGACAAAAAGAUUGUCGUGGUUGGGGUGUUUCCAGAGUUCUCCGGAGAGAAGUUUGAGAACUUCAAAGCUUUAGCUGAGAAAUUGCGGUCUGACUACGAGUUUGGUCACACUUUAGACGCAAAACUCCUGCCGCGUGGUGAAUCAUCAGCUGUUGGGCCUACAAUUAGGUUGUUCAAGCCAUUUGAUGAGCUUGUUGUUGAUUUCGAGGAUUUUGAUGUGGACGCUUCAGAGAAGUUUGUUGAAGAAGCUAGUAUUCCUGUUGUGACUCUCUUCAACAAAGACCCUGACAAUCACGCUUUUGUUAUUAAAUUCUUUAACAGUCCUAAUGCUAAGGCUAUGUUAUUCCUGAAUUUUAGCAGUGAGAAUGUUGAUGCUUUUAAAUCUAAAUAUCGUGAUGUCGCUGAACAAUACAAAGGAAAGGGCAUAAGUUUUCUCAUGGGGGAUGUUGAAGCUAGUCAAGGUGCCUUCCAGUAUUUUGGGCUUAAAGAGGACCAGGUGCCUCUCAUCGUUAUCCAGACCAGUGAUGGACAGAAAUAUCUUAAACCAAAUUUGGGGCCUGAUCAAAUUUCGCUAUGGGUGAAGGAAUACGAGGAGGGCAAUGUGCUUCCGUAUAAAAAGUCCGAAGCUGUACCUACAGUUAAUGAUGAACCUGUUAAAAUAGUUGUUGCGGACAACUUCCAGGACAUGGUUAUCAACUCAGGGAAAAAUGUUCUGUUGGAAUUUUAUGCUCCCUGGUGUGGUCACUGCAAGAAAUUGGCUCCUAUCUUGGACGAGGUUGCCUCUUCAUUUCAGAAUGAUGCUGAUGUUGUCAUUGCAAAGAUUGAUGCCACUGCAAAUGAUAUUCCAAGUGAUGUUUUCGACGUGAAAGGUUAUCCUACACUGUACUUCAGGUCAGCAAGUGGGAAUCUGUCGCAAUAUGACGGGGAUCGUACGAAGGACGAUAUGAUUGAAUUUAUUCAAAAGAAUCGGGAUAAAACUGCCCAUCAAGAUACAGGAAAAGAUGAGCUGUAGAGGAAUGUAAGAGCCCAUGCAGACAAGAACACAGGUGGGUUACAUGUGCUGUGGCACCUAUAAUUGAGACUAGCUUGCAAGGAAGCAACAGAUAAUCCACUCUUGUAUGUCCUAACCUGAAUAAGUUGUUUGGGCUGUUGUGUAGUUGCAGUAUUUUCCAGUUAUGCAGAUGAACAGUUCUGUUUUGGCUAUAGGAACUUUACUACUAGAAAAAUCUGGAAACAACCCUGUUUUGAGGUGGUAUAUUUGAGUUUCUUCUAGUA